AUUACUUAUAUGUCAAAUUAUCGCAAGUUUUUAGAUUUCUCAAUCUGGGAGACGAAAGAGUGUCUGUGUGGCAGUUCAAAAGGCUCGUUGGGGAGAUUUGGAGAUGGAGCCGGAAGUGGGGAAUCCGAUGGAAUCGCCCGACGACUUCGCCGCCGGCGAGUCUGACUCAGUUCCCGGAAGGUGUAGAGCUCCGAGGCUCUUCAUUAGGGAAAUGGUCAUGAAGAACUUCAAAUCUUACGCCGGUGAACAGCGCGUUGGCCCUUUCCACAAGAGCUUUUCGGCGGUGGUUGGUCCGAACGGGAGUGGGAAGAGCAACGUGAUAGACGCCAUGCUCUUUGUAUUUGGAAAACGAGCCAAGCAGAUGCGGCUCAACAAAGUUUCAGAGCUCAUCCACAACUCCACAAAUCACCAGAAUCUAGACAGUGCUGGUGUUUCUGUUUACUUUCAGGAGAUCAUUGAUCUGGAGGAUGGGACCUAUGAAGCUGUUCCAGGAAGUGACUUUGUAAUUACUCGUGUUGCAUUUAGAGACAAUUCCUCUAAGUACUACAUUAAUGAUCGUGCAAGUAAUUUCACAGAAGUGACUAAGAAAUUAAAAGGGAAAGGAGUGGACUUGGACAAUAACCGAUUUUUGAUUCUUCAGGGUGAAGUUGAGCAGAUUUCAUUGAUGAAGCCAAAGGCCCAAGGGCCUCAUGAUGAAGGUUUUCUAGAAUAUCUUGAGGACAUUAUUGGAACUAACAAAUAUGUUGAGAAGAUUGAUGAGUCAUUUAAGCUGCUUGAAUCCCUUAAUGAAAAAAGAUCUGGUGUGGUGCAACUGGUUAAGUUAGCAGAGAAGGAAAGAGAUAGCUUGGAGGAUGUAAAGAAUGAAGCCGAAGCCUACAUGCUAAAAGACUUGUUACACUUAAAAUGGCAAGAGAAAGCCACAAAAUUGGCUUUUGAGGAUACUAGUGCUCGUACAGCUGAAGUUCAAGCCAAUCUUUCUACCAUGGAAGAAAACCUGAAGCAUGAAAGGGAAAAGAUUCAGGAAAAUAGUGUUACAUUGAAGGAGCUUGAAGCUUUGCACAAGAAGUACAUAAAAAGACAAGAGGAACUUGAUAAUGGACUACGAACUUGUAAGGAUGAGUUUAAGGAGUUUGAAAGGCAGGAUGUUAAAUACCGGGAAGAUUUAAAGCACAUGAAACAAAAAAUAAAGAAACUUGAAGAGAAAAUUGAAAAGGAUUCAUCAAAGAUCAAUGACCUCUCAAAGGAGUGUGAAGACUCGACAAAUCUGAUACCAAAGUUGGAAGAAGAUAUUCCUAGACUGCAAAAACUCUUGUUAGAGGAGGAAAAAUUCCUUGAAGAAAUUAAGGAGAAUUCUAAAGCUGAAACUGAGAACUACCGCUCUGAGCUUGCAAAUGUUCGAGUUGAACUAGAACCAUGGGAGAAACAAUUGAUUGAGCACAAGGGAAAGCUUGAAGUUGCAUGUACUGAGAGCAAGCUUUUGAAAGAGAAGCAUGAAGCUGGUCGUGCAGCUUUUGAGGAUGCACAUAAGCAAAUGAAUGAUAUAAUGAGUAAAAUAGAAACAAAAAGAGCAAGCAUAGCAAAUAUUGAAAGUGAUUUAGAGAAAAACAAGUGUGAAGCAUUGGAAGCUCGUAAAUUGGAGCAGGAAUGCAUUAAAGAACAAGAAGCACUGAUUCCUUUUGAACAAGCAGCAAGACAGAAGGUUGCAGAGCUCUUAUCUGUUAUGGAAUCUGAGAAAAGUCAAGGAUCUGUCUUGAAAGCAAUUUUGCAAGCAAAAGAAUCAAACCAAAUUGAGGGAAUUUAUGGUCGAAUGGGUGAUCUAGGUGCUAUUGAUGCAAAAUAUGAUGUUGCCGUAUCAACAGCAUGCCCUGGACUUGAUUAUAUAGUAGUAGAAACAACUGGCGCUGCACAAUCAUGCGUUGAGCUACUUCGAAGGAAGAAUCUUGGUGUUGCAACUUUCAUGAUACUGGAGAAGCAAGUUGAUCAUUUACCAAAGUUGAGGGAGAAAGUAAGCACUCCAGAGGGAGUUCCUCGCCUUUUUGAUUUGGUAAAGGUUAAAGAUGAAAGAAUGAAACUUGCAUUCUUUGCUGCAUUGGGAAAUACUGUUGUAGCUAAAGAUCUUGAUCAGGCAACUCGUAUUGCAUAUGGUGGAAACCAAGAUUUUCGGCGUGUCGUAACAGUUGAUGGUGCACUUUUUGAAAGGUCUGGUACCAUGAGUGGUGGAGGAAGUAAGCCACGUGGUGGCAAGAUGGGCACAUCUAUCCGAGCCACCAGUGUUUCGCCAGAAGCUGUUGCAACUGCUGAAAGGGAGCUUUCUACAAUGGAAGAUAAAUUGAGAAGUAUACGCCAGAGAAUCACUGAAGUAGUGAGGCAUUAUCAGACUGCAGAGAAAGCAGUUGCGCAUUUGGAGAUGGAAUUGGCUAAAAGUCAGAAAGAGAUUGAAAGUUUGAAUAAACAACAUAGUUACCUUGAAAAACAACUUGAUUCACUGAAGACCGAAUCACAGCCAAGGAAGGAUGAGCUUUUUAGGUUGGGGGAGCUCAAGAAAAUUAUUUCAACAGAAGAAAAAGAGAUUGAGAGGCUUAUACAGGGGUCUAAACAUCUGAAGGAGAAGGCUUUGGAGCUUCAGAAUAGAAUAGAAAAUGCAGGUGGUGAAAGAUUGAAAUUGCAAAAGUCAAAAGUCAAUAAGAUUCAAUCAGAUAUUGAUAAAAAAAACACUGACAUAAAUCGUCACAACGUUCAAAUAGAGACGGGUCAAAAAAUGAUAAAGAAGUUGACAAAGGGGAUUGAAGAUUCUAAGAAGGAGAAAGAGCGAAUGCUUCAGGAGAAGGAGAAACUACUUUCCAGAUUUAAAGAGAUUGAACAGAAGGCUUUUGUGGUUCAGGAGAACUAUAAGAAAACACAGGAGCUAAUUGAUCAGCAUAAAGAGGUGUUGGAUAAUGCAAAAUCCGACUACAAUGAACUAAAAAGAACUGUGGAUGAGUUGCGAGCAUCUGAGGUUGAUGCUGACUACAAAUUGAAAGACCUGAAAAAGCUUUACAAGGAAUUGGAAAUGAAGGGGAAGGGUUUCAAGAAAAAGCUUGAUGACUUGCAAAUUGCUCUUACAGAACAGAUGGAACAAAUUCAGAAGGAUUUAGUAGAUCUUGAGAAGCUUCAAGAAACCCAGACAAAUGAAACUCUUACUGAGGCUUGUGACCUACAAAGGGCCCUUGAAAUGGUGACAUUACUUGAAGCACAAUUGAAAGAUAUGAAUCCAAAUCUUGAUUCAAUCUCAGAAUAUCGGAGAAAAGUAUCUUUGUACAGUGAACGAGUAGAAGAACUUAACAAUGUUACUCAACAGCGUGAUGAUGUAAAGAAGCAGUAUGAUGAAUGGAGAAAGAAAAGGUUGGAUGAGUUCAUGGCAGGAUUCAACACCAUUUCAUUGAAAUUGAAGGAAAUGUAUCAGAUGAUCACGCUUGGAGGCGAUGCAGAACUUGAACUAGUGGAUUCUUUGGAUCCUUUUUCUGAAGGUGUUGUUUUCAGUGUUAGGCCACCAAAGAAGAGCUGGAAAAAUAUUGCAAACUUGUCGGGUGGUGAAAAGACUCUGAGCUCCUUGGCUCUUGUUUUUGCUCUUCAUCACUACAAACCUACUCCACUUUAUGUAAUGGAUGAGAUUGAUGCUGCUUUGGAUUUCAAGAAUGUUUCAAUUGUUGGACAUUAUGUGAAAGAUCGUACAAAGGAUGCACAAUUUAUUAUCAUAAGCCUGCGGAAUAACAUGUUUGAGUUAGCAGAUAGACUUGUUGGGAUUUAUAAAACAGAUAAUUGCACCAAGAGCAUUACCAUUAACCCGGCGAGUUUUGUUAUUUGUGAAAAGGCAGCUUGAGGCACCUGUUGGAUUUUCUGAUACGAGCUCAAGUUGGUUCCUGUAUCGUGCCUGUGUUCUUUUGUACACAUGUGAGUUGAAGUUGAUAUGCAUAAGCUUAUGUAGUCUGGAGGAGGGAUGGGUAACAUGUAUAUAGUGAUGUGUAACUAUUGCUCAAUUCCUUAGGUAAUGAUUGGGAGCAUGGGUUUUGAUAUUUGGAUUUGAAUUUGUAGGUUUGGAUGAAGUUGGAUACAAUUUUGUAUUACAUUUUGUCUAAUUCCACACAAGUUCGAAUCCAUAACUUGAAAUCUGUGCUAAAAAACACAGGGCUAUCUUUAUUUUAUAUUUUUUCAAGCUCAAAAAUGAUAGCCAUUUUAUUUGUCUUAUUUUUUAAUGUUUUAUGUUUUUCUAGUGAACUUGCGACUGCUGUGCAACCUGCUUGCAAAUAUCUUAUGGCAGUGAAUUUCUCA